CAACCCUCUCUGAGUGAUGUCAUUUUGGGGCGGCCUCUUUAGCAGCCCUCCCACUCCGAAUACUAGGGGGGAGAAACAAACAGACAAGAAAAUCUAUGCUUCUAGUAUCUGCCAUGGGGUAGUAUCCCUCUUCCAAUUCUUAUCUGAUUUUUUAAGGCUUUUGUUUUCCUUUGAGCGCUGUCCGGAGCAGGCACACAGGAACUGACAGAAGUUUGUUUUGGCCAGCUUGCUGCACAGACCUUGAAGCUGGGAAGAAAGCCGGAUCACGCAGGAGGAAUACCGGUUCCAUUCAUGAGUUCAAGGAAAAGGGUAGAUUUGAAAAUCAUUAUCAUUGGAGCUUUGGGUGUCGGGAAAACCUCUCUCCUCCACCAAUAUGUUCACAAGAAGUUUUACGAAGACUAUCGAACCACUCUGGGAGCCAGCAUCCUGACUAAAGUGGUGGUUGUGGACCACACACCACUGAAACUGCAGAUCUGGGACACUGGAGGGCAAGAACGAUUUCGGUCCAUGGUAUCCACAUUCUACAAAGGCUCCGAUGGCUGCAUGCUGGCCUUUGACGUCACAGACACAGAUUCUUUUGAGUCCUUGGAUGAUUGGAGAGAAGACUUCCUGCAGAAGGUCCUCCCUACAGAGCAAGGCUUCCCUAUAGUUGUGCUGGGGAAUAAAAUUGAUUUGAAAGAGCGACAGGUGUCUAAGGAGGCAGCUUCAUCCUGGUGCAAAGAAAAGGACAUUGCAUAUUUUGAAGUUAGCGCCAAGAAUGAUAUCAAUGUAGUGCAGGCUUUUGAGACCUUGGCAAGACAAGCACUAUCAAGGUACAAUGGGAUCAUUGAGAACUACAUGACAGAUUCAAUAAAGCUCACUCCUGAAGACCAGCCCAAAACGAAAUGCUGCUGAGAUGUCAUUUGGAAAGUUGUGACAUUUCCACUCAGCUGCUGCAUGAAACGGACAUGGCUGCUGAAUGGCCCUUUGUGAGUCUGGUCCACCGGGGUUGGAUGAAUAACUGAAGCUGUCUCAUUUCUGUAUGCCAACAAGGAUGGAGAAGACUGCAGGCGAUUACUCAACAUGCAGGUGGCAAUCAGCCUGAAGCAUCUGGACAAUAUUAAACAAGCUACACCCCA